AAAUGUCAAAAUUUCAUAACUGCUGCUAUUGGCUGUUCUGUAAUCUGUUAUUACAUUAUAUAAAUAGAUAUAUUUAUUUUUAAAGUUUAUAUUUUUAUUGUGAAUAAUAAUUAUAAGUUGUUUCUAAAUUUUAAUGUACAAUAUGGAAACCAAAGUAGCGGUAGUCACAGGAAGCAACAAAGGUAUAGGGUUCGAGAUCGUCAAAGGUUUAUGUCGAAAGAUUGGUGCUGUAUACCUUACCGCAAGAGACGAAGAAAGAGGGCGACAAGCUGUAGAAAAACUAGAAAAGUUGGGCCUCCGUCCUCUAUUUCACGUGCUAGACGUAACGAGCGAAUCGAGCAUUCAAGAGUUCGCGACUUACAUUUCAACACAUCAUUCUGGAAUCGACAUCCUAGUGAAUAACGCCGGUAUUUUAGACUUCGACAAAUCGGUUACAUCCUACGAAGACGCUAAGAGGCUUAUGGAUACGAACUUCUACAGUCUUCUUACAAUAUCAAAAAUAUUAUAUCCACUUCUAACAAAUACCGCUCGCAUCAUUAACCUGAGCAGCGACUGGGGCCUACUGUCCAACAUCAGGAAGCAAGUGUGGCUCGACACGUUAGUGAAGGACGAUCUCACUACAGAUGAGAUAUUACAAUUUGUUGAUGACUUUUUACAAGCUGCUAAGAAUGGGAAGAAUUCAUAUGUGUCUUUUGCAGGACAUUAUAGUGAUUAUAAAGUGUCUAAAGUAGCCCUGUCAGCCCUUACUUUUGUGCAGCAAAAAGAAUUUAUCAAGCAAGGAAAAGACAUAUCUAUUAACUGUGUUCAUCCAGGCUUUGUAAAAACUGAUAUGACGAAAGGGAUGGGUGAUUUCUCUCCUGAGCGUGGAGCUAAAGCUCCUCUCUACUUAGCGCUAGAUGCUCCACAAUCCCUCAAGGGCACAUUUGUAUGGCAUGAUUGUCAUCAAGUGAACUGGGACGAUUAGUUCUAAGAAUUUGUUUAUUGUUUUAAAUCCUGUGAUAAAAGUGUCACAUACACUUAAACUUUAAUAGAUGUUUUUUAGCAUUUG